CCAGCCCCGACUCAUUCCAGGCCCGAGAUUCUCCUGUUUCUCGCAUCCCCCAGCUACAUCACCCUGAUGCGCUGGAUGGGAAAAUAGUUAGCUGGGUGUUGCAGAUCAAGUUUGAUUUACAUUAUCAGCCAGAAAUGCUUCGUUGUUUUAGACAAGUCCAGCCAACCCUUCUAAGUUCCCGAUAGCUUGGCUUGAUACGUUGCCAGGAGUAACGAUGUUCCGGAAGUCGAGGCGGUUGUCCAAUGCAAACGCGGUUUCAGUUCCGUCCCAGGACCUGCUAAGCUUGCUGGACGAAGAAUGGGGUAUGCCGAAGGUGAAAGGCCAGGAAGUUCAAAAGGAUAGUCCGAGUCACUUUCCUGGGGUUCCUGUUAACAGGAGUCUUCAGCCGAGCAUAGGCAAUGAUCUGGGUCCAGAAAAGCCGGAACCUACUCCCGAACGUUCAGCGUCGCUCCAUGCACAUUCGCCAGAACCUCUGCGUCGGGAAGCCUCUCAACCCGGACCCAACCCAGUUGAAGCCCAUGAUCCCUCCACUCCGCCUCGCUCGCCAAAUCUGUCUACGAGAUCAGACGAGUUCAAGGAGGCUGGCGACAACGGAGCUGAGGAGAUGCCUUCGUUGUCAUCCGUCUCCAGCACGGAAGCAUCAUCUUCUGCCGGAGCGACUUGCAACGGGGACCAACGAGACGGCGAUAGGGAAUCUUGUGAUUCGCAGGAGUCCACGUCAGGCUGGUCCACGGCUUACACCACGUGGCCGUCUAACUUCCAUUCUACCUCCGCGUCCGUUAUCAUGAGCCUGAAGCGGGGAGGCGGAGAUCUUUCUUCGUUACUCCUCUGGUCGUUUCUGUUGCUUCCAGUGGCUCCCCUGAUCCUCAUCUCACUACCCUUCUGUCUGCUAAUGUUAACCCUGCUCGUCAUCGGAGCAACAUUCGCUUACACGUCAUUUGCUGGCACUUGCAUCGGCUGUGCGACUAUCCUCUCACUACUUCAAAGACGGCUACCCGAGCCGAAACGCGUUCGCUUGGCGGACGGACGGCUUCUGGCGUGGCAGGAGUCUGGAGUCCCGCGGGAAAGCGCUCGUCACACGCUUCUGGUCGUCCACGCACCACCCCUGUGCCGCACAGCGGGUUUUCCAGGCCUCAGCGAGGCAUUCUUCCAUCAACGGUCCAUCCGCGUGAUCUCCUUCGACCUUCCUGGCACCGGAUUCAGCGAUCCUCUCCCCCUCCAAGCCACCACCACGGCGGCAUCAUUUGCCUCUGCUGUUGCUGACGACAUCAAGCAACUAGCACACCAGCUGCACCUGGCACCUGGGCUGUGGAUAGUGGGCUUCGGCCUAGGGUCUCCUCUUGCACAGGAGGCUGCUGAACGGCUGGGCCAAGGGCUGGUAGCAGGCCUGCUGCUGCUGGGGCCACCAGGGGUUCUAAACACGGGUGAAGAUGCUGCGAUGCACGAGGAUGCUAGGUCCCGUGAAGGGUGCAUGCCAAAGGCUGGUACACAUGUGCAUGUGGAAGCUGGGGACAGGGGUCCAGGGGAGCAGCCUGAGGUGAUGAUGCCGCGGCAGCAGGGUGGCGGGGUGUGGCAGCUGGUGCAGUCAUUCAGAGGGCGUGUAGCGAGCACGGUGUUGCGGAUAGUGGUUCCCCGUGUGCUGGUACAGUCAGUUGUGGCGCUGCUCCGGGCCUCACCUGUGCUUCUGAAGUGGAUUGUCACUGCCACCUCGCUUCGUCCCAUCUCUCCCCGCGUGGUCUCGCUUAUAUGUGAUGGCUUGUUGGAUGCACUUCAGCAGGGCGAUCUUCCCUACUUGCUGAAUCUUCUGGUCCUAACACUGCAGCCGCACAGCACCCUGCCUAGUCCUGCUGCUAACAACCCGUUCUUCUCAGGGCCUGUCUACACCUACAAGGUAUUUGACGAGCCAAGAUCUCAGAACCUUUUGCCAGAGGCAAUGUUUGAAGGUUGAAGAUGUUAGAAUCUAAUUGCCGGAGGCAACGCAUGAAGGUUGAAGCAUUAAAUAAAGAGAGCCUUGUAGAUUAACCUGAAAGCAAUCCUGUAAUCAUGCAUUGCUUCGACAUACAUUGGUGUGCUUUUCUACUUGUCCUAACAAUAUCAUGUUACUG